CGCACCAUCAGUCAGACAGUCAGACAGUCAGACAGUCAGACAGUCAGACAGGCGUUUGAAUCGACCCCGGACCUCCACGCCGCUCCGAAAGGGAUUCAAACCGACAUCCACGCCAGACUCCGGACAAACUUUGGGAAUCGAACUUGCAAACGGUUUUGAUACUAAGUGGCGUUACAAUGGUUGCAAUAGUGAGGGCAGUGGUUUGUCUGUCUCUGUGGCUGGCUGUGUGUCAGGUCAGAGGCUUCACCAUCCCCGCGGAGAUGAACAGAACCAUCCAGAGCAUCCUGGACCACUAUAACGUUCGAACGAGACUGAUUUUCGACGGGAAGCCGGUCAUCCCCAAAGAAAUGAUGCCUGAACACCUCGAGGCAAAGAAAACGGUCAUGGGCGGCGUGUUGAACAUGUAUGAGAAGCUCAUCAACCAGAUGUUGAAGGGCCUGUCCACCCCGAGUCCCCCAACGACUGGAAGCACCGAGACCGCCAGCGAUCCUCAGGUGGAAUCAAACGGAGAGGUCAGGAAGGAGCUGAACUACAUCCUGAGUAAGAUCAAGGACCUGAAGAAAUACCGUUACAAGGAUCAGGAGCCUGAGAAGGUCCUGGAGGGACUGCAUCGCCUCAAACACAUCCAGAUGAAUGACUCUGUCGUUCAGUCUAAAGCAUUGUGGGAGCUGUCGGGCAUCUACGAGGAGGCGAGCUCGCUGUCCAACAGCACCAGGAAGGAGAAGCAGCGACGACGGCGGCAAGCACGGAAGGCGAACAGAAACCACCUGAGAGGCUGAACAACACCAAACAGGACAGCCAAAUCCAAACCAGCGUGCCAGCUUUUUACAGAUUAUUUUUUAAUGAGAUUAUGUCUUAUAUAUAUCUCUAUAUAUAUAUAUAUUUAUAACAAUGAUAAAUGUGGUAAAAAUAUGAUAAUUUAAAGGGGGUUUGGGGUUCGAUACUUGAAAUCAGCACGGCGGUUUGCUGAUAACUAAUCGUGUUUACUUCAUCAAUCACAGUAUCAAUCUAUCGACGAGACCUGGAAAUACUUGAUUUUUAAGCUCAGAUAAAAUGACCAUAUCUUUAAUUGUCAGCAGGGUUUAAAUGAUGCACUCUGAUUGGACGCUGGUGGAGAUGUGGGCGGUGCCAGAUUGACAGUCCGGCUCCAGAAGUGAGUCGGUCUCCAUAAGUCCCCAUGUUUCACCUUUUUCCCCUCGAUGUUUGACGUCCCCAGAAACCCAAAAUCCCGAAAGGGAAUUAAAAUUUGAAGCUCUCUGAUUGGCCUCCACCCACGCCUCCACUGUACCGCUGAAAGGAAGUGGUGAUGAUGAUGAUGAUGAUGAUGAUGAUGAUGAUGAUGAUGAUGAUGAUGAUGUUUACAGUCCAAAGUUUCAUGCUGACGUACAUUCAGGUUCUUCUGCAGCUGUCGUACCAGUUUACGACUCUUUUUGUAUUUUUAUAACGUGUUUUAGUUUUCUAAUUUAUUUUAAUUUUAAUUUAACGUAUGUAUUUAAUAUUGAAUCACUGUGACUGAUUGUUGGUAAUUUAUUGAUUGUGUUAAUUUGUAUUAAUUUAUUGACUGGCACAUGCAGGCAAAUGCAAUUAAAAAACAUGAUGAACUUCA